CUGGAGAAGGCGCACGGCCAGCUUAUGGGGAUGCGGGACCAGCUCGCGGCGGCCGAGAAGGCCAGGAAGGACGCGCGCGCCGCGCUCGGCGACGCCAAGAAGCGCCUGGCCGCGAAGAAGAGGGAUGACGACGCGGCCCCUUCGGCGCCGCCGGUCGAGCACGAUGGCGGCAAGGUGCCGGCGCCAGAAGACGGGGCUGCUGGUGGCGCAGAGGGUGCGAACGGGGAGAAAGGCCACAUGAGCUCGCCGGCCGCCGACGCCUUCGAGGCGGUCCUGCCGGGCGAGUCGGGGAACAACGAGGGCCCGGUCGUCGAGGAGGGCAACAAGACUAGCGAUGAGGAGGAGGCCGUGAGCAACGCCGUUGCCGAUGAUGAUGGCAAAAAGGGGAGCCCGGAGGUUGAGUUGCUGAGGGCGAAGCUUAUGGCCAAGGACAUGGAGGGCUACGAGCUGAGGGCGAAGCUGAUGGUGAUCGACACGGAGGUCGACGAUCUGAAGAGGAUGGUGACGGCCAAGGGCACGGAGCUCGAGGAGCUGAAGGCGAGGCUGAUGCUGAACAAUGAGCUGGUCGACAAGCUCACGGCGGAUCUGAUGGUCAAGGACGCGGAGAUCGCCGCCCUCGAGGCCGACAACACCGACCUGAGCAAGAUGGCCGAGGAGGCCGCCGAGGCCGCGAGGGCGACGUCCGCGAGGGCGCGGGAGGCCGAGCACGCGCUGCGGGAGGGCGCGGCGCGGGAGGCCCGGCUCGCCGAGCGGCUGCGGGCGUCGGAGCACGCCCGGGAGGCGCUGGAGGCCGAGGCGCAGCGCUCGCGUGUGCAGAGCGAGCAGUGGCGCAAGGCGGCCGAGGAGGCCGCCGCGGUGCUCGGCGGCCGCGCCGCGGGUGCCAGCAGCAACAGCACGGACAAGCGGCGCCACGGGCCGGCCUCGGCCGGCGGCGGCGAGAGCGAGGGCACGGCGGACAAGGACAGCGACGAAGAGGGACCCAGUGGCAAGCGGAAGGCCGGCGGCGCCAUGCGGGCGCUCAGCGACCUGUGGAAGAAGAAGGCGCAGAAGUGAUCGGAAGACGGAUUUACUUGCUCCGUUGUCUUGUCCACUCCACUAGGGUAACUUCUAGCGCCGAUUUACGGCGCAGGUGCAGGUUAAUUCACCUUUUAUGUUAUGGGAUUAAGGUAAGUUGGUAAACCCAAAAUAAACUCGCGUCGUGUCUUUCGUGCAGCAUGUCACUGGCUUACCGAUUGUAUAUGCUCUAGUGCUAGCUGUGCUAAAUUAGGCGAGGAUGAACAGAGAUUUGUUUCUGGUGA